AUGCUGUCCGAGGCUCUGGCUCCGCGGCUGCUGCAGAUUGCGCAAGACACCGCGGAGGCUGCUGCGGUGUCUCCGUCCUCCUCCGGUCCUCCGCGGGACACGUGGACCACCGGGACCACCGGGACCACCGGGACCACCGGGACCACCGGGACCACCGGGACCACGGGGACCAACGGGACCCGGUGCGCGCAGCAGAUCCUGAGCCACGGCCGCGGUGAGAAGCUCCUGCUCGGCCUGGUCCUCACCGUGCUCACCCUCUCCACCAUCUGCGGGAACCUGCUGGUCCUGGUCUCCGUGAGCUGCGUGAAGAAGCUGCGGCAGCCGUCCAACCUGCUGGUCGCGUCCCUGGCCGUGGCCGACCUGUCCGUGGCCGUGGCCGUGAUGCCCUUCGUCAGCGUCACGGACCUGAUCGGGGGUCAGUGGUUCUUCGGUCGGUUCUUCUGUAACGUCUUCAUCGCCAUGGACGUGAUGUGCUGCACCGCGUCCAUCAUGACUCUGUGCGUGAUCAGCAUCGACAGAUACCUGGGCAUCACCAAACCUCUGACCUAUCCCGUCCGGCAGAGCGGCGGCCGCAUGGCCCGGAUGAUCGUGUGUGUGUGGCUGCUCUCGGCUUCCAUCACCCUCCCCCCGCUGUUCGGCUGGGCGCAGAACCUCAACGACGGCCGGGUGUGCCUCAUCAGUCAGGACCUCGGCUACACCGUCUACUCCACCGCCGUGGCCUUCUACAUCCCCAUGUCCGUGAUGCUGGUCAUGUACCACAGGAUCUACAGAGCAGCCCAGCUCAGCGCCGCCAAACACACCAUCACCGGGUUCCCCAGGGAGGGAGCAGGGCCGGGGCCCGGGGGGGGGCGAGGGGGGCCGGGUCCCCAGCCGCUGGAGUCGGGGGAGACGCUGAGCGGCGAGGGGACGGAGGAAGAGGAGGAGGAGGAAGAGGAGGAGGAGGAGGAAGAGGAGGAGGAGGAGAGCUUGGACUGCGUGGCAGCGGCGCUGAAGCUGCAGCGGGAGGUGGAGGAGGAGUGCAGCACGCGAGUGUCCCGCCUCCUCAAGACCGGCGAGCACCACCAACGCCGGAAAAGGAAAAACCAGUCCAUCUUCAAACGGGAGCAGAAGGCCGCCGCCACGCUGGGCGUCGUGGUCGGCGCCUUCACCUUCUGCUGGCUGCCGUUCUUCCUGGUGUCCACCGCCAGGCCGUUCGUCUGCGGCGUGGAGUGCAGCUGCGUGCCGCUGUGGCUGGAGAGGACGCUGCUGUGGCUCGGUUACGCCAACUCGCUCAUCAACCCCUUCAUCUACGCCUUCUUCAACCGGGACCUGAGGACCACGUACCGCCACCUGCUGCGCUGCCGCUUCAGGAACAUCAACAGGAAGCUGUCGGCCGUCGGGAUGCAUGAGGCUCUGAAGCUGGUGGUGAAACCAGACUGUGACGUGUGA